AUGUCGCAAAAUGAGAACAUCUCGGAACGGAGUCGUAAGGUGAAAAAGCUUUUUACUGAUCUUAAAGUCCAGUUGGACGGCGAGACCGAUACAGUCUCAUAUCUCGUAGGUUCAGACGCCGUCCAGGAUGCUUUGGAUCGAUUUCUAUUAUGGUCCGGGAAUUUGGGUGCUCUACAUUUGCCGGAAAACAAACUUUCUCUUGAUUACCGCGUAAGGGCGGCGCCAGAGAUCCGAGAUCAGAUAUGUGAAUUUCUCGACGACCUUCAGGUAUCUAUUGAAGAGUUGACGGAAGCAAGUAUUAUUAGCACUCUCAAUAUGGAGUCUCUGGGCUUGAACGAUGAUACGACUGAACUUGGUUCAAAGGAUGUAGGAUCGUACACACUUGAACAAGUUUCAUCAUACGAAGCUCAAAGUCUUCUUGAGGAAAUAUCUCAAUGCAUCCGAUCGCUUUUUAGACUUGGAAUCUUGAUUCGAAAAGCAGUCCCGCGAGAUCGGUUCCAGGAAGCUCUCCGGCGGUCAGACUACACAUUCCCAUCAUCUUUUGACAUCGAUUAUGUAAGAAAUAAGCAUCCUAAGCUUUGUAGGAAUGAUAUGGAAUGGUUAGCGGGACGGAUCGGAAAAGCAAAUGCCCAAAGAAGACAAUAUAUUCAAUAUUGUCGUGAUCAUAGAAUGCGGCUAGGCAAUCUACACAACGAAACGGAUCGGGGAUCGGAUACUAACCGUGAAGAUGCGGAAAGCAAAGCCACCACAAUGUUUCCCGUCGAAGGACCCGAAUUACAGGAAGACCUUAUAUCAUUGACAACUGCAUCAAGUAUAUUUUACUCAGAAAACUCCCUUAAGCUACCGACACUGGACGAGUUGUCACCUGAAUUAGAACCUUUCGAAUGUCCCAUUUGCUUCACUCUCCAGUCAUUCACUGUUGAGAAAGCCUGGAAGGCCCAUGCGUUUCGUGACCUUAAAGGGUACGUUUGCACGGUAGGAAAAUCAGGCUGCGAGGACGAGCUGUUCAACAAUCGAGAUACGUGGUUUGAACACGAAUUAAAGAACCAUCGGUCAAAUUAUAUCUGCCCUGUGUGUAGAACAGAAGAAGAUGGUCAAGAUUCGUUAACAUCGCACCUGGAAUCCGUCCAUAGCAGCUUUUCUGCCCAGCAAAUCUCCAGAUUGACCGAGGCAGGUAGGCAGACACCGACUCGCUUCAGAGCUCAAGAUUGCCCCUUUUGCAACGAGUGGGCUGAGGGCUUAAAAGAAAAAGGUCGUAGAAAGAACAGAUCCGAUGUUCAAAUAGAUGACAGCGCGCUUGUUUCAAUGCACCGCUUCAAAAGACACAUCGCUACUCACCAAGAACAACUUGCGAUAUUCGUCAUACCGAGACCUAAUGAAGAAGAAGUGGACCAAAGCAGUACUUCAAAUUCAAAGAGCGACGAACCGGCCGCCGAAGAAGCCCCAACUGAUACCAUCCCUGAGGUUUCAGAGGACUUGGCUUUACCCGUGAGCGAAGAAACCACCACGUUCGAUAACUCGUACGUACCUAGCAACGAUACUGGGACAGAGUGGGGCGGAGGCAUCAGAUGGUAUGAUGGUAGCGAUUCAGCAGAAACUCGCUGGAAAUGUGUAAGUCGGUAA